AUGCCUUCGUUCAAGAGUACCCUCUUCGCUGUGGCUGCGGCCUUCGUCGCCACCGGCCAGACCGACUACGUUAUCGACCCUUCAAGUGUCCGUCUGUCCGUAAGGCAGGGCUGGUGUCAAGACCAGAAGGCCUCGUGCCCCGUCAUCUGCCGAGAGCUCUCGAACAAGCCCGUGCAGGUCAAUGAAUGCGAUCCCCAAGCCCUUACCUACGGCUGCAUCUGCGGCAACGGCCUGCAGCCCAACAUGUCCGAGUACUCUGUGACACUGCCCUACCACGUCUGCCAAGAGUACGGCAACCAGUGCGUUGCCGACUGCGGCCUCGGCUCCAACACGUGCUCCAACAACUGCCGCGUCAACAACCCGUGCGGCGCCCAGAACCCUACGCGCGUUAACACGACAUCGAGCGCCGGCGCCGACGCGACGGCCUCUGCUACGGCCACCGAGUCCGCCAACGCCGUCUUCACCGGCAUCGCUGGCGAGAACGGCAGCUCGGGCUCUGGCUCCAGCGCUGCCGCGACCCUGGAAAUGGGUCGCAGCGCCGGAUUGGCCGUCAUUGUCGGUAGCGUGCUCGGUGCCGUUGCCUUUCUGCUUUAG